CUGCAGCCGUCGCUAGUCUGUUCGUUUGUUACUCGAUCGGCAGCCUCCAUUGCUUGCGAACCGCUCGUCUCCGGCCUCCUCGGCCGCUGCUCUUCGCUCGCCCUGUUUAUAAGGAGCAGGGCUCCCUCGUUUCCCUCCUGUUUCCUUCGAGGAGAAGGGAGUGGGGCAGAUUGAUUCCUGGCGCUCGCGCUCCGAUCCAUGCAAAGCUUCUAGGAUUUGCUGCGCGCGCGGCGACGGCGAUGGACUUCCCGGAGCUCGCCAAGCUGGCCUUCUCGAGGGUGCAGCAGAUGGAGCCGCAGAACGUCGGCAAGAUCCUCGGCUGCAUCCUCCUCAGGGAGCCCGACGAGGAUGAGAUGGUGCAGCUCGCCUACGGCAACGACGCCACCGUGCACGCCAAGAUCAACGACGCCAAGGCCACGCUCGCCGCCAUCUACGCGCGCUGCUCCGCGCAGCACCACCACCAGAUCGGCGCCGCGCACAGGGCAAGCGCCGCCGCCGCCGGGUACCACCCGGCCGCCGCCGGGGUGCGCCACCACUUCUCCCCCGCGCCCGCCGCCUACGGCUUCCAGUACUGGCCGGAACCCGCGCCGGUGCCCAAGGCGCAGCCGGACUUCGGGCUCGUGGACGCCGCCGCCGAGGCCCACUACGCGCUGCAGCAGCAGAACCACAACGGCCUCGACGACCACCACCACUACGACGCCGCCGGAGGGUACUACUACGCCGCCGCCGAGGACGCAUUCCACAAUGGCGGCGCCGCCGGCGGGGGUCCGCCGCCGAGGGCUGCGGCUCGGCGGGCGAACGGCCUGUCGACUCGGCGCCCCUGCUACUACUUCAUCAAGGGCGUGUGCAAGAACGGCCAGAACUGCAACUUCCCGCACCACCAGGCCUACUCCGACGGGUCCUCCGACGACAGCCACCACAACAGCAGCGGAGGCACGCCUGGCGCGCUCGAGAAACUGGAAAUGGAGAUCACCGAGCUGCUCUACUCGCGGCACGGCCAGCCACUGUCCAUCGCCUCGCUGCCCACGCUCUACGGCGAGAGGUACGGGAAGGGCCUUCAGGCCGAUGGCUACCUCACCGAGAGCCAGCGCCAUGGUAAGGCCGGCUAUAGCCUCACCAAGCUGCUCUCUCGCCUGAACAAGAUCAGAAUCAUCGAAAGGCCGCAUGGACAGCACUCGGUGGUUCUCGCUGAGGACGCCGCCAGGUACACGGAAUUCAGGGGCGAGAGAGGAGGAGGUGACAUGGGUUCCGUCCCAGCCAGCUCGCACCAGAUUUACCUGACCUUCCCUGCCGAGAGUAAGUUCGUCGAGGAAGACGUCGCCACUUACUUCGGGCAGUAUGGUCCAGUGCGUGAUGUGAGGAUCCCAUGUCAGGAGAGGCGCAUGUUUGGCUUCGUGAGUUUCGAGAAUCCAGAGACAGUGAGCACCAUCCUCAUGAGGCGUAACCCGCAUUUCAUCUGUGGAUCAAGGGUCCUCGUUAAACCCUACAGAGAGAAAUCCAAGUGCAUAGAACGGAUGCAUGUGGACAAGAUGAAGCCGAUGCACUACUGCCCUACUCGCUUCUUCGAGAUUGAUCCGGACUUUUAUCCCGAUGAAUAUGAGGCUUCAAGCAGGAUGGUGAGAAAGCAAUUGGCAGAGAAGCGCGAGAGGCUGAUCGAGCUCGAGAGGAAGCGCUUCGGAGGGGUUAGGCUUAAACCAUUGCCACAUCAGUUUGCCUACUUCGAUUGCAGCAUUGAGGAUGUAAAUCCCCUCAAUUGCCUCCCAGCAGAUUCCAAAGAUGCCGACCUGAUUGUGCCGGACUCAUUGGAGAUCGUCUCCCCGAGCCAAGCUCCACAAACGCAGGCAAGCAAUAACUACGAUGACAAAGAGAGCAAUCAGAUCGAACUCCUCCCAGAGAGUCCAUUCGCAUCAGCUGCGCCUGCUGGAAACAGCAUAUCCACAAUCAUAUAAUUGCAAGGAAAAGGGAGAUAAAGCAUCCUGGACCAUCAAUUAGUUGUUCGUUUGAUAUCUUCUCAAGGUCUAAAGGGAUAAGUGUGUUUUUGCACAGGAGAGCCAAAAAUAAUCAACAGUUUUUUGUAGAUAGAGAAAAAGGAAAGAUAAGAACUCUCACUGGUCUUAAUUAGGAGUCACAGGAUAAAGAGAGCAAGUGUUAUUUUAUACUUUAGAAGUGGGAUGGAAAAAGCAUGCAGGUUGAGGACAGGAAAAAAAGAGCUACACUGGUAAGUUUUAUACAAGUGUGUAGUCUGACUAUAAGUUAUAGAAAAUAAUGUGACAUGAUAGUUGUUCUAAUAGGACACUAUGAUACAUGCAAAUUGGUGUUCUGCCAUUUGUUUCCAAAGAUUAUGAACCAAGUUUAAUUAUUUGCAAAGGUAAAAUUAGUUGGUCCAGGGCAUCUAUUAUUUGUACUUUUGGUUAGUAAUGAAGACACAAUUUCAGUUCCAUGCUC